GGAGCCGGAGUCGGAGUCGGAGUCGGAGUCGGAGCCGUGCGGGGGGCGGGCGGGGUGCCCGCAGUGCGCGGCCGCGCCGCUGCCUCCGGCGGGAGCGCCCGGGGCCAGAGCGGCGAGGAGGCUCUGCAUUGACGUCAUGAUGACACGGUGAAGCUGAAGACAGGAUCUGGGAACGGUUCUUCUGCUUCAGUUUUGAUAAUCAAGUGAAUUUGUCGACACUCCGUUCCUCCAGCAUGGCUAAGAGCGCAGAAGUGAAGCUGGCGAUCUUUGGUCGAGCUGGCGUGGGCAAGUCAGCUCUUGUUGUACGCUUCCUGACCAAACGGUUCAUCUGGGAGUAUGACCCAACACUAGAGUCUACAUAUCGUCACCAAGCUACCAUUGAUGAUGAAGUGGUUUCCAUGGAGAUACUAGAUACAGCUGGUCAGGAGGAUGCUAUUCAGAAAGAAGGACAUGUGCGAUGGGGUGAAGGCUUCGUGCUGGUCUAUGACAUCACGGACAGAGGCAGCUUUGAGGAAGUACUGCCACUUAAGAACUUGUUGGAUGAAGUUAAAAAACCCAAAAAUGUCACUCUGAUUCUGGUGGGGAACAAAGCAGACUUGGAUCACUCCAGGCAGGUCAGCACAGAGGAAGGUGAAAAGCUGGCCACAGAACUAGCAUGUGCUUUUUAUGAGUGCUCUGCUUGCACAGGAGAGGGCAACAUUAUGGAGGCCUUCUAUGAGCUCUGUCGUGAAGUACGGCGUCGAAAGAUGGUCCAGGGCAAGACUCGGAGACGAAGCUCCACCACCCAUGUCAAGCAGGCUAUUAAUAAGAUGCUUACCAAAAUCAGCAGCUAAAAAGAGGUGUACUAAGCCAGAGAAGCAUUGUAGAGCAUAUUAGCUUGGGGUAGGGACAAGGCAGGCAGAGCACAUUUAAUAAAAAAUGGUCAAAGCUUUGCUGUUAAAAAAAUAGAAAAGUCAAACCACACUACUUUUUGAGUAACAUGGGAUCAGACUUUUUCCUGUUGCAAAAUGUAUUUAGCCACACUGCUUCUGGCUAACAAGGAAAAAAAGAAAAAAAGAAAAAAGAAAAAAAAAUAACUCCAAAGGACUAGAUGAUUUUGGGGAUUGGCACUGACAGAGUAUCUUCUGCUUCUACAAGGCUGCCUCCAAUCCCCUGCAAGUCAGUAGUGCCUAAACACCAUUCCCAGCCAGCCAACUGCUCAGUAGCCACUUACUUGGAGAGUAAGACUCAGUCUUCAGUCCAACAACAACCAUCAGACUUGGUAUUCUCAAGGACUGAGGCUGCUGUGUUGUUCCAGAAAGUUCAUCUGACACCUUUCACCAGCUCCAAAUUGGUGCAUUGUGUGCUUUUAUUUUGUUAUUUUGUCAAAUCUAUGAGUGCCGAUAUUCUUAGCAAGGUAUGCAAAAAAUACAGGAAGAGUCUUUAUCAUGGAGUGUUUAGCCAGCAAGACACACAUGUCAACAGAGCUGAAAUUCAGCUGCUUUUUGAGAUCCUCUACAACUACAGAAUUCAUCAAGAAAUAAUCAGCUAGUCCAGUGUCAUUUCAGCAUUUCCCCCCUUGAAGUACAAUACUGUACUUGGGGAAAAGGGAGUAUACAUCUUGGGAAAUCAGACUAAAAAAGUAACCAUAAUACUAUUGAUUUAGUUAAGGGUAGUUUUUAGCUUUUGUUUACAUUUUUGUUUUGGUCUUAUUUCAAUUCAAGUAGUUUCCCUUAUUCUAUCUUAUAGUGAAGAACUUAAGCCAUGGGAAGGCAAGUGUUUAAAGUCCAAGCUCAAAUGUAAUCAGAUGUGAAGGGCUUUUACCAUAUCAAACUGCCAUCAUUUCCAGAUGUUUAAACUUCCAGAUGUUGCUUGAAGCACUCUGUGGUUUAAACUAUCACAGUUUUUUGUGACUCUGGCACUAUCAAGUGAAAGUACAUUUUAUCAUAUUUUUGGUGUCUGGGAUAAAAAGCAUACUUUUUUUUUUUUCCUCCUCCUCGUCCUCCUCCGUCAUCGCUCUCAUUUAAGCCAGCUGUUAAGUUUUGCCUCGUGCCUACUUGUCUUGCUAACUAUAGUAGUGAGGUCUUCUUCUAGAAGAAGCAAGAGGUACAAGAACUAAGACUGGAAGACUUUCAGACUGUGCUCGUCUCACCAGUUGUGUUGCAUCCCUUUAGGCAGCUUCAUGUGCAACUCAGACUGUCAUCAUGUAGAACCACAGCCAAAGGAUACUAUGACAAAUGAGAAUAUUAGCAGUAUUCUCCUCUGAAGAACAGCCCUCUUAUAGUAACUGCUUACAAGUCUAUUCUCCACUGCUUUGCACUUUGUAUGGUUAUUCGCCUCUGUGAGGAAACAACGCCCAAAGGCUAUCAAAUCCAACUUGCCACAGAUGUAGAAGAAUGAGGAUAUCUGGUAGAAGAGCACUUUAUACAGUUGUAGGUAGCCGUAUAAAUGGUGAAACAGGUUGGAGAAUCAAGCCUGUAUAUCCUCAUGGGCAGAGAAAAGUCCCAAAUCAGAACUUCUCAAAGCAUGAGCUUAAAGAUACUUACCAAAGUAUUUUUUAAACAUUCACCCAUAUCUUUCACCCAACUUUUAUCAACAAAAAUUGCAUUCAAAUGUAUAUUAUAUUUUUGCUGUUUAUGUUUUUUGUUUCCCCCACUGUAGAUAGUGAAAAUUCAUUCCAGCCUUUCAGAAUCACUACCUAUAUUUUGGUCCUCAUUUUCAGAUAUGUUGCCAUACAUCAGCUACACACACUGCAAUGGAAACGUCACUUUGUGCUUCUGGGCAGGAGGUUCUGGCAACAGAUGAUGUCACUGUCUCCAUGACACACCUGUUUCCAAACUAUUGGUCAUGUCUCUAACUUCUGAGAGAGAGAGGUUUAGCCAUUUUAGUCCUGUUAGUAAUGCAUAAUCAAUAUGAGUGUAACAGAAAAAGUUAGUGCCUAUUCACACACCAAUGGUCAUUAGCUGAAGGUCUGAACUUGCAAAUGGGUACGUUACAACAUUAGGAGAAAGAGCGAGCAAUUGCAAAUUGAGGCAUUAAGUCAUUCUGUUAUCUUUCAAAUCAGUGCAGUUGCACGAAUCUGAAGCAAACAAAAUCCUUACCUGCAAUCCCAUGGCAACAUAGCUGAUGAGGAAAGUCAUGGUGUUGGUAUUUGAAGCAAUUGAUUUAUCCCUAUCUAAGGAAAGUUCAACAGUUCUUUUCUCUGAAAAAUCUUGGGUUUCAGAGUAGAGCUGCAUUUAAAAUACAAAAAGGUAAUAUAUGAAUUACAAGAGAAAAUAAAUUUAUCGUAUUCAUAUUAAGAGAGUCAAAAGGAAGGAAAGCCUAAGGUAUGGCCAUAAUACUUUGCAAAAGAAUCCCAGCAAAUUAUCUCUUUUCUCACAAUAUCUGUUAUGGGGAAGUUAUAAAAUCCUCAUGAAAGAAAAUAUUCCACUGUGCAAACAUGACUUGUUACAUAAAGAACCUCUAAUAAAAAUAGUAACAUUCCUUUACAAAGACUGAUUUUGGAAACUGCCAAACAUGCUAAACAUUUGGUCAGAAAGGAGGCUGUUAUUUUACAACCUUUCCUCCCACACAAACACAAAUUUCUUUACUUAAUUGCUCAUUUAUUUUCUUUUCCUCAAUGUAAUGAUCUGCUUGACAAGCCAAUUAUAAGAUAGUAUAUUAUAAUCUGUUGAUACAUACUACAUACUAUUAAAUGCAAUCCGAUUUACUGUUGCUUACAAUGUUGCAACAUACUAUUGGCUAUGCUAUAAAUGUGUCAUAUUUCUACAAUGUGUAAAUUGAGCCGAAAAGUGCCCAAACAUUGAAAAGGCCAAAUGCAACAUGAACUUGCAUUUAGUAGCCUUUCUGCAGCAGACAUCAACAGUUUCAAUUCUGUUUAUACUGCUGCUAUUUAAAUGUGCGUAUAUGACAUUAACAUUAAAUUCCUCUCCUCUGCCCUUUCCAUUUCUACAGAGAGAGGUUGGGAAGGAAGAUAAACAAAAAGGGGGAGGAAAGGUGAAAUGGACACUUGUUACCUACAACAAGUUGAUUGUCAUUUAUGAAGUUUUUAAAUAUUUAUCUUCAAUUGAUGAAGAGUUAGUCAUGCCCAUGCUGCAAGACCUGGAUCAGGAACCAAGACUUCCCUAGAACUUUGAGAACUUCCCUUCAGAUCUGGGGGUUCGGUGCAACUAAGGAUGGAAGUGAGGGUCAGCCAUUGAGUUUGCACCUGGAUCCAGUUAUGUUGUCCCCAAACCUGGGGAUGGUUGCAUCUGGCGGUUUGCUACAAGGCUAGUUGAUUUUUAUAUAUAUAAUGAUCUGUAUGCAUUUUUACAUUAAAAAUAUGAAAGCUUGUGCUUGUAGAUAAUAUAUAAGAAAAAUAAAAAUAAUAAAAAAGUGCUCUCUGUACUGAACUAU